AUGGCUGAUAUUUUUGGAAGUGCUGGGGGAACAGGUGUGCUGCUGAACAUUGAUAAGGUGUCCAGUCUCCUGGAGCAGUUGGGGGCUGAUGCUCAGGUGCGUGGCCUUGUCGACUCAGGCUGGUUUCUGGAGAGUAAACAGCAAAAAGCUCCUGAUUGUCCAGACAGUGCCUCCUGCACCCCUGUGGAUGCCAUAAAAAAAGGAAUUCGGUUGUGGAGUGGUGUUGUUCCAGAAAAGUGCAAGCAGCAGUAUAAAAGAGGCGAGGAAUGGCAAUGCUUUUUUGGACACAAACUGUACUCAUACAUAACCGCUCCAUUGUUCGUAGUGCAGUGGUUGUUUGAUGAGGAACAGUUACGAGUGGAGAACAUUUAUAUGGGCGGGCAAUCGCUCUCAGAGCAGCAGUGGACCUACAUGCAGAACCUGGGAAAAGAGUUUAAAAACUCUCUCAAAGAUGUCACGGCCGUGUUCGCCCCCUCCUGUCUUUCCCACACUUUGAUUACCAAAAGUAAUUGGAUGGAUUUCCAGAUCAAGGGGACGUCACUCUCUCGUGCUCUGCAGUGCUGGGACAGAAGUCUUCAGGAGGCUAAUAAGAACAGCAAAACGCCUCUAAAAGGCUGUCCCUUUCAUCUCAUCGAUAACUGCCAGUGGCCACAGUGCAACCCAACCUGUCCAGCCCUGAUUGACCAGGCCACGCAACAGGAGAUGACUCUGCUCCAGGCGCUGACCAGUAUGGGCUUGGACCUGCAAAAGCUCGGCUUGGAUGUAAGCGGAGAUAUUUCGGCCAGUAUGGUCAGCAGUGGUGGCUAAAUUAGCAUUAGCGGCGGUGGUGUUCUCAUCAACACAGUUCACCUCAUCCACACUUUUUAGAGAUUGUUCAGUGGCUUCCUCUCUGGCCACUUCCAGAGAAGGACCUGGGUUUGUCUAGUGAACAUGUCACUGGAUUUCAGUACCGACAGUCUGCCUUUACAACCGUGUUCUAGAAUGAUUUUUGGGUUCUCCAAGCGAGCGACUCUAGCUGGACACAGUUAAUCAAUGGUUAUCACAACUGCUAAUCUAAUUCAUCACUUCCGUAAGAGAACUGGCAUCUGAAUUCAGUGCUUUAGGUAAAACUGUCUGACAACAUCAUAAUGUACCAACAAAAUCAAAAGAGAUGAAUUUACUGUUAACUAAAUCUGAAGAAUGUACAAGUUGAUAAACAACAAGGACAUUUAGAAGGAUGUUUGUCUUUCCAUCACAUUCUGGAGAAAAGCAGUGA